AUGUCUUCAGGGGUGCCCCUCCAACGAGUCUCACUGACGUCGUCCACCUCCGACGACCAUGCUCGCAUCGCAGUACUCGAGGGCAUAGUCAACCAAUUAGCUGCGAGCAUGACCACCAACAUGGCGGAGUUGUUCGCCCUACUCAGAGGACCGAACAGUGCAUCCUCAAGCUCCACACCACCUUCGGGACAAGGACCCACGGCCGACCCGAUAUCUUGGAUUCCGCCAACUCAAGUUCUGGAAAACACUAAUGUUCCCGCACCACCAACGACGCACACGGCCGCGGCUCACCCAUUUACCAUUCUUUAUCAACCACCACUGGCCCCCGUAGCCGUCCCUCUUCCACCGGCGGCGUUCCUCACUACGGAUCAAGUCCUAUCCGCACCGCUACCUGUUUCCAUGCCGACCCCAGCUGCAGCCUCUACCGUCCCUCCGCCGACGAUUUUUCCGGUGCCAAGCGCACCUGCUCCAACUCACCCUCAAGCCACAGAUCUUCCUUCCUACCCGCCUCUACAGCCUCACAUCAACUUCCCCUACCAAGCACCGCCGCCCAUAAACACUACUUUCCUCGAACCAGGCACGCCGACUCACGCUGCCCAGUUCGCCUCACCGACGCACUUCCUUCCUGAGGUUGACGCCGAACAAGAGCGCAGACUAAAGAGAAUGGAAGAGACUAUGCGAGCCCUGCAGGCAAAUGAGGCUCGACCUGACGCAAGCUAUGGUGACUGCAGUCUCUUCCCGGGCAUGCUGCUACCCUCGAAAUUCAAGUUCCCGGAGUUCAAGACCUAUGAAGCUCUCGAUUGGUUCAUGUCCUUAAAGGCCGAGGACAUUCCGACGUGGGCAGACCUUUCUCGGAAAUUCAUCAACCAAUACCAGUACUGUGCGGAAACGCCUCCGACCCUCUUGGAAUUGAGCAUGAAGGAGAAGGCGCACGGCCAAAGAUUCGAGGAAUAUGCUACCAAGUGGCGUGCCCAAGCGGCAAAGCACAUCCCUCAAAUCAGCGAAGUACAACAGAUCCAGUUAUUCCAUUCCAUCCUGAGAGAAGUGUACUAUUCGCACUUGUUGGCCCACACCUCUUCAUUCUUCGAUCUCAUCGAGGCCGGGAAGAAGCUUGACUUGGGCAUUAAGCUUGGCAGGAUGGAAGGCCCCACCAAUAAAGGAGAGGAACCCUCGAGGAAGGCCUCCGCAAUGUCGACUUCUUCUAGCGGAAGAAAGGGGAAGGAGGUAACAGUUAACGCUGUCAAUCCAGCACAUCCGACGCCCCAACAGUACUCGGUGAACGUCACGUCUACACCCCCCGUGGUCCCCACGUAUGCUCCGCAAUAUCGGCCUCAACCCCCUACCCAACGAUCUACUACUCUGCACUACCACCUCUACCCCCACCUACGGUACCGUCGCUCGUCGUCCACCCUAUGCCCCUACUCCACCCCAAGCCCCUCAAUACCAACCCCCGGCUCCGAGGGUUUCUCAGCCAACCCAACGAGUCCCGCCCCCGCAAGGUCAACAGAGCGGUGUAGCACAACCGUGACCACGCAGGCAAUACCCGUCCUUGCCGGUCCCACCUUCCCACAUUUACGGGCAAAUCCGUGA